UCUCCGAUGACGGACUUCUCCGAUUUUCCGGCGGAUUUACACUACCUCACCGGCUUCGGAAACCACUUCUCCUCCGAAUCCCUUCCCGGAGCCCUACCUCAGGGACAAAACAGUCCUCUCCUCUGUCCUUACGGUCUCUACGCCGAGCAGAUUUCCGGCACCGCCUUCACCGUUCCUCGCAAACAUAAUCAACGCAGUUGGCUGUAUCGGAUUAAACCGUCUGUAACGCAUGAACCGUUCAAACCUCGUGUACCGGUUCAUGGAAAGCUUGUGAGUGAGUUUAGCUUGCUAAAUAGUUCUGCUACUCCAACACAGUUACGAUGGAAGCCUGUUGAGUUUCCGGAAUCGCCAACUGAUUUCGUUGAUGGAUUGUACACCGUUUGUGGUGCAGGAAGUUCUUAUUUACGAUAUGGUUUUGCUAUUCAUAUGUAUGCAUGUAACAAAUCAAUGGAGAGUUCUGCGCUUUGCAAUGCUGAUGGUGAUUUCUUAAUUGUUCCUCAAGUAGGGAGGCUAUGGAUUACAACCGAAUGUGGGCGGAUUCAAGUAUCACCUGGUGAAAUUGUUGUUAUACCUCAAGGGUUUCGCUUUGUUGUUAACCUGCCCGAUGGCCCUUCGCGUGGCUACGUUGCUGAGGUGUUUGGAUCACAUUUUCAACUUCCUGAUUUGGGACCAAUAGGUGCUAACGGACUUGCUGAACCGAGAGAUUUCAGCGUUCCGAAUGCGUGGUUUGAGGAUAAGAACAGGCCUGGAUACACAAUUAUACAGAAAUUUGGUGGUGAACUCUUUACAGCAAAGCAGGAUUUCUCACCCUUCAAUGUUGUAGCCUGGCAUGGUAAUUAUGUUCCUUAUAAGUAUGAUCUAAACAAGUUUUGUCCAUACAAUACUGUUCGGGUCGAUCACAGUGACCCGUCAAUUAAUACAGUUUUAACUGCACCAACGGAUAAACCUGGAGUGGCGCUGCUUGAUUUUGUCAUCUUCCCUCCGAGAUGGUUGGUUGCUGAGCAUACUUUUCGACCUCCAUAUUACCAUCGUAAUUGUAUGAGCGAAUUUAUGGGCCUUAUUUCUGGUGGAUACGAGGCAAAAGCCGAUGGGUUUCUCCCUGGUGGUGCAAGCCUUCACAGCUGUAUGACACCACACGGUCCCGAUACAAAAACCUACGAGGCAACAAUUGCAAGAGGAAAUGAGGCAGGCCCUCAUAGAAUAGCCGAUACCAUGGCUUUCAUGUUCGAAUCUUGUCUGAUACCUCGUGUAUGUCCUUGGGCUCUCGACACUCCAAUAAUUGAUCGCAACUAUUAUCAAUGUUGGAUCGGUCUCAAAUCUCACUUCACUCAUCACGAAAACACAAAAAUAGAACAAUCGGACACAACAACAACAACCGGUUUCAAACAAGAUGAUUAAUUAAGGUUUCAAACCUGAAUUGCAAAGAAAAGAAGGUAUCUCUUCUAAUGAACUUACCUUAUGUAAAUAUAUAUAAUAAGAGUUUGUAAAUAAUAAGAGAUUCAAUAUCUCAAAUUCGAUUUAUAUAUUGAAGUCAGUUGAUUAGAAAUGGAUUUAGGAGAGUGCCCUAACUAAACACAAGAUUUUUUUUGAAAAAUGAAUUCAUUAAAGGAUGGAGUGGAUACCAAACCCCCACCAUAAAUGAAAUGAUAGAGCUUAAACUUUCUGAGACAAGUGACUUCUCUUUGUAAUUGUCGACAAAACCAAUUACAUAGAAUAAACAGUGAUGUUACGUUUGGCUUUGAGAUGUACUUAGUAUUAAUUAUUAUUAAAUAGCCCAAAAAGUGCUUUGCCAGACA